AUGGCUACAACUGAAGGCAGCCGUCGUGUUAUACACUUCCACAACUUAGUCAAUCACAACAUACAUUACAAAAGCAAGCAUGAUAGCGUAAAGAAGAACCCUAGUUGGAGAACUUGGAUUUCAUUGGCCAACACAAUGAUGGGUUCUAGUAUUGUCGUUUUUCCAGUUGUUUUCAAUUAGAGCGGGAUCAUCCUAUCAGUCAUAUGCAUGAUAGUAAUGGCUGUCAUACUAUUUAAAACUUGUCAAUGGUAUCUUCAAAGCACUUUGAACUAUGAAUUAGAUUUAACUGAAGUAAUUAAGAGAACUUUAGGUAUGAAAUGGUACUUAGUAUACUCUAUCAGCAAUUGCUUCUUGCUAUACUUCAUUUCCAUAAUCUAUUUUAUUUUAGCAUGCUCAUUUAGUUAUCCUGUCAUUAAAGUUAUCAUAGAUAGCUUUACAAGUGAUGCGACUGUGAUGAGAAGCUAAACAUCCUUUGACAAAUACUCAUAUUAAUGGCAAGGUAUAGCAUUAGUUGGAUUUCUCUUUCUUCUUAUUUGCUAAAAGAAUCUUUAAUGCAUAUUGAAGAUAACAUAAUUUGGUAUGCUCUCAGUUAUAAUUGUUGUACUUUUUUGCUUCAUUAAAGGAGUUGAAAAUAUUAGCACAGGAGAUGUCUCUGAUAUUCCCCUCUUUUCAUCUAGCGUAGUUACAAUUAUUGGAGUAUUUUUCUUAUCCUUCUAAGUGCACUCACUAUUUCUACCAAUUGUAAAAGAUAACGCAAUACAAAAAAAUAACAAUAGAGAUUUGAAAGUAGCCUAUGCAAUUUGCUUUACAGUUUAUGCAAUUAUAGGAAUAUUUGGAGCUUUUGCAGUUACCGGAAAGGAUCCAGUAGAUGGAAAUCCUGGUUCUACAAUACUUGAGUUUUAUUCAUCAAGAGAUAUAUUCACUGUUAUUGUUUAAGUUGGCCUCUUUAUUUAUGUUAUUGGAGUCUAUCCAAUCAUAGUUUUAGGUUCUCGUAAUAAUCUCUUCAUGCUUUUAGAAAUGAAAUUCCCUGAUCUCAGUAAAAAAAAAAUACCUUUUUAUGGAAUCACUAUUUUUUACUCAUUAAGCUCCUUGUUGAUUUAAAUUUUGAAUAUUAAUAUCAGUAUCCUUAUUUCCAUAUCUGGAUAUUUCAUUAGUUUGUUUGUAGCUAUAAUUAUUCCAGUAUUAAUUAAAGUAAGAGGUCCUAAGACUGCUUUAGGUAAUAUAUAAAAUAUGCAUAAUUUUGUACACACUACUGAAGAUUUAGAUAUUUCUUAGCAUGAUGAACAAGAUAAUAAGAUUAUGACAUCUAGUCAUGAUCAUGAUCAUGAACAAAUUAAAUAAGAUUUAGAAAAUAUGCAAGCUUCAACUAAAGAGGAUCAAAAAUCUAAAAAAAAUGGAGAGUCUAUCCAAAGCAACUAGAUAGGAUCAACCAAUUCAUAUUAAGAUAAUCACUCUACUUAGUCAUCAAAAAAACCUAAUAAAGGCCUAAAAGAUAAAAAAUAAGAUUAAAAUGAUGAAAAAAUUGUAUUACACCAUUAAAAUUCUCAUAAAAUAAAGAGAGUAGUUAAAAAACAUAAAGCAAUAGAAAAUCAACAAAAUAAUAAUAACUAAGAAGAAUAAGUAGGAAGUUAUCAUUCAUCAAAUAGAUUGUGA